GGAUGGAUUUCAAUGGCAGCAGCGGGAGCCCGGAGGAGCCAAAGAAAGGCCGAUCGAAGGCGCCCAAAAAGACCAAGGAGAGCGUGCUAAAGCAAAAAUCCCCGGCGGAGUUCUUCGCCGAGAACAAAAACAUUGCUGGAUUCGAUAAUCCUGGAAAAUCUCUGUACACAACAGUUCGAGAGCUUGUUGAAAAUUCUCUGGAUUCAGCAGAGUCUAUUUCCGAACUCCCAGUCAUUGAAAUAACAAUAGAGGAGAUAAGUAAAAGCAAGUUCAAUACAAUGAUAGGUCUCAUCGAUCGGGAGCGCGUUGAUGAAGAACUGUAUGAUGACUUUGAGUCAGCUAAGGCUCGUGAGAAACGGCUUGCUAAAGAAGCCCGCAAUCAAGAAAUUCAAGCUAAGAAUGCUGCCCUUGGUAAGAAGCUCAAAGAGCCAGCAUCAUCAAAGGGAGCAAAAGGAAGAGGUGAAGCAUCAUUCUUCAGGGUUACCUGCAAGGAUAAUGGGAGAGGAAUGCCAUAUGAUGACAUUCCCAAUAUGUUUGGAAGAGUUCUAUCCGGCACAAAGUAUGGAUUGAAGCAAACUCGUGGGAAAUUUGGACUUGGUGCCAAAAUGGCGCUGAUCUGGUCCAAGAUGAGCACCGGGCUACCGAUUGAGAUUGCUUCAUCCAUGAAGGGCCAAAAUUACAUUUCAUUUUGUCGUCUUGAUAUAGAUAUUCAUCGAAACAUUCCUCAUGUUCAUUUGCAUGAGAAAAGAGAAAAUAAAAGUGAGUGGCAUGGUGCAGAAAUCCAAGUUAUUAUUGAGGGUAAUUGGACGACAUAUCGAUCAAAGAUACUACAUUAUAUGCGCCAGAUGGCUGUUAUCACACCUUAUGCACAGUUCCUCUUUAAAUUCAUUUCAGACAUGGCAGACAAAAAUGUGACCAUACGAUUUGCACGAAGAACAGAUGUGAUGCCUCCAGUUCCGCUUGAGACAAAGCACCAUCCUUCUGCUGUUGAUUUGCUCCUCAUUAAACGCCUAAUUGCAGAAACUUCAAAGCAAAAUCUUCUGCAGUUUCUUCAGCAUGAAUUUGUGAAAAUUGGCAAAGCCUAUGCCGAACGAUUAAUCGAGGAGAUGGGCCCAGAUUUUAGUCCUAAGAUGACUGUGAAAAAUCUUUCAUCCCAGCAAAUUGUUAGAAUUCAUCAGUUAUUUCGGCAGGCUAAAUUCGAUGACCCCAGCGGCGAUUGUCUUAGUCCUGCAGGCGAAUACAAUUUGCGACUAGGAAUAAUAAAGGAGCUGCAGCCGGACAUGGUUGCAACUUAUGCAGGAAGCCCUCAAGUUUUUGAAGGCCAUCCAUUUAUUGUUGAAGCUGGAAUUAGCUUGGGAGGAAAAGAUGUUAAACAGGGCUUAAAUAUUUUCCGCUUCGCAAAUCGGAUACCUCUUCUUUUUGAACAAGGGGCUGAUGUUGUAACAAGGACUGCCUUAAAAAGGAUCAACUGGAACAACUACAAGAUUAAUCAGGUCCAAGAUAAAAUUGGGGUGUUUGUCAGCAUUGUAAGCACAAAAAUACCCUUCAAAGGGACUGGGAAGGAAUAUAUUGGGGAUGAUAUAACUGAAAUUGCAUCAGCUGUCAAGUCAGCUAUCCAACAGUGCUGUAACCAACUAAAGUCCAAGAUAGUGAAGAAACUUCAAGAUCGUGAGCGGCAGGACAGAAAGCGGAAUCUAACCAGAUAUAUCCCUGAUGCAUCAAGGGCAGUAAUGGACGUUCUGAAUGAGAUGGCUGGCCAUGAGUCAAAGCGACAGCGUUACCGUGGAGAGGAUGCUGAAUUGGUAAGGAAAAUAGCAUCUCAGGACUUAACUGAAGUGACCUUUAGGGAAAAUCUUGCUCAGUAUGUUGAACAGGUGGAUUACGAGAUGGCAUUAGAGUAUGCAACGCAGAGCGGAGUGAAUGAUGAACCAAGAGAAGAUAUUUAUCUGAAUGCCUUGGAAAGCUCGGAAAAAUCCAUGGACUUCCACAGUCCUGUAUUUGUUUUCAGGCUCAUUUUAUAGUAAAAUAGAUGCCCGAGGCUAGAGGAAGAAAAAUCCAAAUCCAAGAAAGCUCCAACAGUUUCAGAUUUCAGAUAGUCCCGGAUCGGAAAUGUAAACCUCAGGCAGGAACCCAAAUAUUGACUCAGAUUGUAGGAAAUGAUAAUCUUGUAACGAGUUCCAUACUUAUUAGUCACAUCAGAGGAACACACCCAGGCAGAACAUUUCCAACGAGAGAUGUGCUUUUGAUCACUGUAAUUUGCAAGUAACUAAAAUAGUUGGGGAAAAUUUUAUUGAGAUGAA